CGCAGAGAAAGAAAGAAAAAACAAAAAAAAAACUCACAGGUUCCGGGAUAGCAGGAGCAUCGAGUGUCUGUUGAUUGUUUUAAUAUAUUUAUUUUUUUAUUGUUUUAAUCGUGUGCAAUUUACAAUGGUGGAUAACAACGCGAUCAUCGAGGGAGCAAUGAAGUUCCGCGACGGAAGAAAGUGGAAGUCGAGAUGGGGUGUGAUGACCAAGUUGUCUCCAGUUGCAGACUGCCUGCACCUCCAGUUGUACAGGGACUGCAAGGAUCGAUACAAGCAGGGACAGACCAAGGCGUCGCUCUCCUUGCAGCACUUCCUCGGACUUGAAAGUGGUUUCACCCUGGACAAGGAGUCCAACACCGUGGCCAUCAUCUGCCAAGACUUGACCGUAGUUUUAGCGUUUGAUACCAGGGAAAGACUAAUUCAGUGGCAGGUCAAAAUCGCCACGCAUCUAGGAGAAGACCAACAGUUUUUGAUCCAAGUUAGCUCAGCACCGCCCAAGUCUAAGGUCGUACCUGGUCCGGCGAGACUUCACAUUCAGGACCACAAAUUUUGCCUCACCAACGGCGUCCCGCCGAGACUCCUCGGCGUCUGGGAAAUCGGACAUCUCAGGCGUUACGGCGUGGUGGACGGCAAAUUCUGCUUCGAGGGCGGCUCGCGAUGUUCGGCCAAGUGCGAGGGGCUGUACGUGCUGGGGUGCGGGCAGGCGUCCGAGGUGCACCAGGCGAUGCAGCACGCGGCGCAGGGCAAGCUGGCGACGCGGCGGCGGCCGCUGAGCCGCAAGAUGUCCGCCAUGGACAGUCCGCGCAAGAUGCUGCACUCGCGGACGGAGACGCGCGCCUCCGACCUGAGCAGCUGCGCCGACUCGCUGAUGGAGAGCGACAUGCUGAGCAGGAGCAUCUGCGAGGCGCACGCCAGCGCCACCAUGGAGGACCUGUCGGGCCGACGCUCCGUCUGGUCGUCGGCCGAGUCGGCACACACGGACAUCAUGGACAGCUGCAGCGACGCCACCUCCGUCGUCGCCGCUGAGAUCGAAAUCGAGCGCCGCGGCGGCGGCAUGGAACGCUGCUCCUCGUGCAUCAGCAAACUCGGCGCCAUCUCCAUGAAGGGCGCAAACCUCACACACACCUGGACUUUCGAACAGCACGGCCAUUGCUUGCAGGAUCGAGCAUCCCUGUCUUCAGGAAGUAGUGGAGGCAGCAGCGAGUGCUGGUACGACCGUCCGAGAGCCGUUCAGCCGCCGCCAGUCAUUCCGCCAAAAAGCCCGAAACACGCGGCCCCCGCACCGGCCCCGGUGUCGAACGGCCGGUGCCAAUGCUGCCCGCCGGAAAGACCACCAAAGCCGCAGUCACCGAGAAAGGCGCCGCAGACCAUCCGACCUGUGCCUGGACACGCCCAUCCAGUGCAGCAGCCCGAAGAAAUGCAUAAUUAUGACGUUCCUCGCUCCAUUUUGCACGGAAAAAUGCCACCAAUGCCGGCAAGUGGACUGGACUACUACGACACUCCAAAGAAAAUAAAAGAGUCGUUGAGCGUGGAGUACCCGAACUACGACACGCCGCCGUGCGCCAAGUCGAUCAGCCGCGCCUUCUGCAACUGCCCUCCGCCCUUCACGCAGCAGCCGCGCUCCGAGAACAACUUCGGCGCCAUCCAGGAGGUGGACUACCCCCUUCCCCUUGCACAGCAGCAGUACACGAAAAUCGAGCUGGAGGACGGGCGGCAGUACCUGCGGAAGGGCGUGCAGACGCAGCCGGAGGACUGCACGGGCAUGCGGUACACGACGUGGUCGCAGGGCAAGGGGUGCGGCCUCCUGGGGCGGGGGGAGCAGGCGGCCGGCUGUCCCUGCCAGCGGGUGAUGGGCUGGACGGAGCUGCUGCCCUGCCGCAGGGGCUCCGGGGCCGAGGACUCGGGCGUGCCCAUCCACAAGGUGCGGCUGAACGGCGAGGGCCGCAUGCCCGUGCGGGACCCCAGCGGACAGCUCUCCGUCCUCUACGCCACCGUGGACAAGAGCAAAAAGAAGCCGCGUCCGCUGCCGUGUCCGAACUACGUCAACGUCGAGGAGAUCCAGGCCGCGGGAGGGCCGUCGGGCAUCGCGCAGGCCGUCCAGGCCAACUACGCCAAUAUGGACUUCGCGCAGUCCCUCGAGAAUUACGAGAACGCCAAGGAUGUGCUUCAGCAGGGCGUCUCGAGCAAGGAGCGUCCGGCGGAGCAGUACAUCGUGAUGGAGCCCAACAAGAAGCAGCCCUUCCCGGGCUACCUGACGAUGACGCCGGCCAACUUGGGCAGGGCGUCCAGCAUCCCGGCGCUGUCAUCCCGGCCGAACGCGUCCCUCACGCACUCGCCGGGCAUGGCCGACCUGCGCGCCCUGCAGAGGAAGCGCUCCAGCUCGGCCGACGCGUCCCGCUUCCUCUCGGACGACGAGGACAACGGCCUCGAGGACAACGAGACCUCGAUCAGCUCGGAGACGGUGCAGGAGCGGCUCUCGGUGACGCACGAGGAGUCGCCGUCCGAGGCCACCGAGCCCACCAUCAGCGACUACACGCAGCUGCACCUUGCGGACUCGGACAGCGCCAAAGACGUGUCCACCGGCACGGACAGCCUCGAGAUGAAGGAGCGCCUGAUGACGCUUCCGCGCUCCAACCUCGAGGACCUCAAGGACAAGCAGCCCGCUGCCGUCCACAUUAGACGCUCCUCCUCGGUCCCCUGCAAGACUGCCGGACACAACAGGGACUCGUCCAGUUCGAACGAUUCGGGCGUCUCGGCCGGCUCCCCGUACUUCCCGGACCUCGAACCCAAAACCGCGUGCAUCCAUUCGUCCCUGCCCAGGAGGUGCAAGUCCUCCGAGCCGCUGAAGGACGCCAAGAAGGUUCCCUCGGGCCCAAAGUCUUCCUCGGCCGGAGCUGAAGUUCCUAUCAGCAUUCAACCUUCCAGAGGUACAAAUGGCAGGCCAGGAAUCUACAAAGGACCGAAUGGAGACGUGAUCACCACCGCGCCGUACCCUGACUCGCACAGCACGAGCAGCGGCACCUCCGACAUGUCCGACUACAUUGAAACCCUUUCGCUGUCCAGUCACAGCAGCUCUGAUAUACCUGACAGCGUCCGACUCGGAUUACUGAUCGGCCGACAAGCGACCACGACGUUGAGACCCAGAUCUGGGCGAGAGUAUCAAAAAAUCGACAGAGCUUUCAUUGAGACUGAUUUGAAGGGCUCUGCAAAUGAAAAAGCUAUGGCAACCUUGCGAGGCCUGUCGCAGUACCCUGGAACUGAUAAAUGUGAGUCACCCUCGCCUGGAUACAUGAGUGGGUCGCCCGGUCAAGAGAGUGCACAGCCUCACUAGUGAUCUAUUUAAAUGGACAGCCAGUUUAUGCAAAACAACGACUCUGAAUAAAAAGCAGAUUAAUAUUUAGUUUUGAAUUUCGACUGUAUAGGAAUUUGUAACCUCUACCUCGAAAGUGACAUGUAUAAACAUAUCCUGGAAGAGGUUUUAUAUAAACUAAAACCAGCAAGCAUUCAAUAAGUAAACAUGUGUAAAAAUACCACACAACUUGUAUAUAAUAAUAAGUUACGAAAAAAAAUGCAUUUAAGUUUUUCUCCGCAAGGGCUGAGUGCCCGAAAUACGACAGACUUUGAGCUUAAAAACACACGUCAUGAUAAAUUACGCGCAUGAUUAUAUACUAUAACAACUGUUUUGACACGGAUUCAAAAUGGGCCUACAAGUAGCUAAAUGGUGUGUAAAAAUUAUAUAUCUUCCAAAAAAAGCAUGUUGCAUAUUAAUAAAAAGGAAACUCCCUGCACUUGGCCAUGCUCACGAACGAACCUCUUGGUAUUUGUGCUUGACUUUUGUUUGUGAUAGUUUUUAAAUGUGUAAUAGGUCUACUAGUCAACGCCACGUGUAAAUCUCAUUCCCGCUUGAAAAUGAAAAGAAUACAUAUUAUGUACUUUGCCAUUUUCUCUUUCUCUCUAUCUUCCACGCCAUGUAUAAUUAAAAUAUGUAUAAGAAUAUUAACUCACGCAGAGCAACAGUCCUCCAGAAUAUGAUUUGAACACGCAUCCCUCUCUCUCACUCUCGCAGUUUCAGACGUACUAACAGAUUUUGCAAUUUUAUACACGUCGACAAGUAUCUUGUAAAGAUAAAAGUACCGAAAUUCUAAACUCUAGUAUACUCUUUACCCCUACUAAUUUAUCUUCGUAGGAUUAUUGAGACUAUAAAACUGUUUUUUAAAAGCCCCGCCCCCGGAAUGUAAAAUAUUAAAAACUGUAUAACGAAAUGAUGAGAAAUAAAUUUAUCGAAAGUAGAUGAAAAA